AUGCCUCCAUGGAACGGCGAGUGGCAUAUAUACAGUAUGGUAUUGUUUGAUUUCUGCAGAGAGCAAGAUGAACAUGGUCUACCUUUAUUCGAGGCAGAGCGUGAUAACGGCAGCAGUGGUCCUCGUCGUUCACUCCCCACAAACAGGGACAUUUACCCCGUUGAAGUGGUGGAAUGGAACCAGGCCCGGAAUACAAGACAAACGAGAUAUAUUCAACAGACUAAGGAGCUUCGAUCUGUGCAGCGGUCAAUAUAUUUCUUGGAGAAUUGGGCAUUCAACCGACUUUCCGAACCAGCGGGUUUCACAUGGAUUGCACCAAGAUCAGAACCCAUUCCUCUCAGCGACAACAUCCCAGCUGAGGAGUUCAAACUGCUGUUACAACAGAAAGAGACGGACUCCAAAAAUGUGGUCUCGGAGCUUUCCACCGAUGCAAACGCGUUCCUCCAAUAUAAGCUAAAUCAACCGGAAGCGUACAAUGAAGAUGCUAUCAAAGAUGAUCCAUCCUCAUCACCCCGUACCUUAAUUCGAAUCUAUAGCGACUCUUCACACUCCCCAUACACAGAAUCACUCGGUUUCCGCUGCGGAAAUUGGGAAAGGUGUCAGCCAGCAAACAGUCUCGAACAACUCAGAAAUAGGCAACUUCUCAAGUUGGAGGGCAUAAGAGACCACUGCGAAGGCAAGCGUAAACGUUCGAACUGGAUAUCAUUUAGCGAUGAUGCUUUGUGGGUAUACUCGAAAAGAAACGUCCUCGCUUAUGGGGCGCAAAAUGUUCGAGUGGCUAUUGUCAGCGUCCCUGCACUUGACAAAUUACGAAUUCCAUGGGAUAGAUCAAGCGAUCUCGUUAGAAGUGUUGGGGGAAGCCCCUGGUCCAAAUACAACGAGUCCGGUGUUAAGUAUGCAUCUAAGAAACAUUAUCUCGUGUAUGGAUGGGUUCCUCCGGCAUGCAUCAUCAAGACUUUUACCUUCCAGGAGUUCACCCAGCGUUGUGAGGAGCUAAAAUUUCAAUAUCAGCCUAAAACUACUGCGAUAUCCCCCAGUGCACUUCUGUCAACUCCAGCACGCGAUGAAGUCGAAUCGUUCAUAGCAAUUUGUACGAGCGGUGUUAAAACUCUCGAGACCGCCAUGGAGUUCUACCAGAAGCCCGGUGCAUAUGAGGAUAAGUCGGGUCUUGAAGAAGUAGAACGGGAGUUCACCAAGGUGCUCAAGUCGGUAACAUCGGCUUUGAACGACAUAUACGUGAAGAUCGUGGACAAAGGACUUGAGGAACCUAUGGAUGUCGCAAAGCCAGCCACCUGGGGUGAAAGGAACAAAUGGAAGCCAUCUUCUGUUGCGGGGUCCGAAAGCCAGCCCUCCGCUGUGAGAUCUCUGGCAGCACCAAUUAAGGUUGUAUUCGCAGAGGACAUAGAUGAUGAACCUGCUGCAGAAUGA